CUCGUGCCAGCCUCCGAGGAUUAACGGUGCGGGAGAAGCACCGUGCGAGGAGGACCGAGGAUCGGCGGGACCGGACCGUUAAACUCGGUACAACAGGAUCCGGACCCCAGCUUUACCGGGACUUUACUGCUCCGUGUUCCAUUUGAUUCUAUUAUUUUCUAUUCUAAUCCCAACUGCAGAAGAGACGCGCAGAGUUAAAAGAGGCUGAGCGACCGGAGGGAAGAGUCGGAGUCAAACCCUGAAAACAAGAAUCUCGUUCCUGAAAUAUUUUAAUUGAAUUCCAGCGAAUCAAACGGGAAACUGGUGGAUUUUAUGAGUUCGAUCAGCAGCAAACUGGCCGGAAACGACAAGAAAUGGAAUAAUUGGACUUUUCAGCCUUGAUUCGGGGAUAUUCUGUCAUCCGGUGGAAUUCUUCCAGUUUCGCCCGAACCAGGUGUCAGGAAUUAGGAGGAUAAGUGAGAGGAAAUAUCACGGGGGCUCACUUCACUUUUCUCUCGGAGGGUGUUCGACUCCCCCCGCGGAUGGAGGGAUGAAACCGGGAGAGGAGAAGACGGUGGAGAGUAAGAAAGAGAGAGGAGGAUGUAGAAUGCAAAAGGGACGCACCCCUCUGAAAGACGGGAUUGAACUCUAAACCCAAACGGAGUCUACUGGAGGAUUUUUACCACAUUCAUGGGAGGGGUUCUGUUUCCUGGACGCGGUUUGUGUGGAGUUACAACUACAGGCGUCAGGAUCAUGUAAGGAUGGGAUCUGGACCAAUACCUGCGCCCUGACAGCUCAGCUGGUGGGAACAGAGAACAUCUGGGAGUUUGGAAAACUGCCAGAAGACCCUUGAGCUGCAGCCUGGUCCAUGAUGCUGUGUCUUUACUGUAACACGUGAAUCUGGAAACAGUGUUUAGUAUGCUCCUGCAUCUGUGAAGGUGUUGCAUCCAGGUGAGGAUGGGAACCAUGGAGAGGUUGUUGCUGUGUGUGAUGCUGGCAGUGGCCAUGGCCGUGAGGGCACAGGUCUGCCCAAAGCGCUGCGUCUGUCAGAUUCUGUCACCCAACCUGGCAACCCUCUGUGCAAAGAAGGGUCUGCUGUUUGUUCCCCCCAAUAUUGACAGACACACAGUGGAGCUUCGGCUGGCUGACAACUUUGUCACGAGCGUGAAAAGGAAAGACUUUGCAAACAUGACUCGGCUGGUGGACCUGACGUUAUCCAGAAACACCAUCUCUUACGUCACACCUUAUGCCUUCGCUGACCUGGAAAAUCUCAGAGCGCUUCACCUGAACAGCAACCGGCUAACGAGAAUAGGGAACGAUACGUUCAGCGGGAUGUCCAAGCUCCACCACCUGAUUCUGAACAACAACCAGCUGGUUCUGAUCCAUCAGGGCGCGUUCAACGACCUGCUGGCGCUGGAAGAGCUGGACCUCAGCUACAACAACCUGGACUCGAUUCCCUGGGAGGCCAUUCAGAAGAUGAUAAGCCUCCACACGCUGAGUUUAGACCACAACAUGCUGGAUUAUAUUCCAGAGGGAACCUUUUCCCUCCUGCAGAAACUCAACCGACUGGACGUCACCUCCAAUAAACUUCAAAAGCUGCCACCAGACCCGCUCUUUCAGCGGGCGCAGGUGCUGGCGACAUCAGGAGACCACACCCCCUCCACCUUUGCCCUGUCGUUUGGUGGAAACCCUCUGCACUGUAACUGUGAGCUACUCUGGCUGAGGAGGCUGAACCGGGAGGACGACCUGGAGACCUGCGCCACGCCUCAGCACCUCUCGGGUCGGUACUUCUGGUCCAUCACCGAGGAGGAGUUCCUCUGUGAGCCCCCCCUCAUCACCAGAUACUCCCAUGAGAUGAGGGUCCUCGAGGGGCAGAGAGUCUCCCUCAGGUGUAAGGCCAGGGGUGAUCCAGAACCGGCCAUUCACUGGAUCUCACCCGAAGGCAAACUGGUGUCCAACUCCUCUAGAACCUUGGUCUACAACAAUGGGACCCUGGACAUCCUCAUCAGUACUGUGAAAGACAUCGGUUCCUUCACCUGCAUCUCAUCCAACCCUGCUGGUGAAGCCCACCAAACUGUUGACUUGGUCAUCAUAAAACUCCCACACAUUUCCAACAACACCAACAACAUCCAGGAGCCUGACCCCGGAUCGUCAGACAUCUCUACGUCCAUCCGAGGUGGCGCCAACGGGAGCAAUGUCACUGGUGAUGUGAAGGGUGGUGUCGAUAAGAGGGUGGUGACGGCCGAGGCUACGUCAUCGACCGCGCUGAUCAAAUUCAACUUCCAGAGGAAUAUUCCAGGAAUCAGAAUGUUCCAGAUACAAUACAAUGGAAGCCAGGACGACUCGCUGGUCUACAGAAUGAUCCCCCCAUCAAGCAAGAACUUCCUGGUGAAUAACCUGGCAGCGGGGACGGCGUACGACCUCUGCGUGCUGGCCAUCUACGAUGAUGUCAUCACCUCUUUGACGGCGACACGCGUGGUUGGCUGUGUGCAGUUCACCACCGAGUCAGAGUACAUGAGGUGUCACUUCAUGCAAUCUCAGUUCCUCGGCGGGACAAUGAUCAUCAUCAUCGGCGGGAUAAUCGUGGCCUCGGUGCUCGUUUUCAUCAUAAUCCUGAUGAUACGAUACAAGGUGUGUAACCAAGGUGACGGUGGAAAAGGCGUGUCACUGUCGAUGACCAACGUUCACUCCCAGACCAAUGGGCAGCAGUCGCAGGGAUGCUCCGUGACUCCCAGUGCCUCCAAACAUGGAUCGAUCGGACUGGACGAUCUAUCCGGAGGCGCAAAGAAACAGAGCGGAGCUGCGUCAGCGGGAGGAGGAGGAGCACGUGGAGAGAAGGACACAGUAGCUCAGUCAUCUGAAUGCUCCCUGCCGGACUGUUCCACAGCCACGUCGGUCCUCAGCCAGAGUUGGGGGGCCAAAAGCCCGACGGCUGCAGGUGAGGGCCGGGUGAAAGUGGCUGAACAAAGACCACCAGCUGGAGUCGCAUCACCCGCCACUAGUUCUCUGCACAGGUCAAAGCGAAAGCCAGCUCCCAGUAAGCCUGGAGCUGUUGGCUCCAACACCCCAGCCACGCCCGAGAACAUCCCCCCAGCAGCUUCUCCUCGCCCAUCUUCUUCCACCCCCACCUCGACCCUUCUACCUUCCACCAUCUCCACCCCUCUGGAGAACCUCAACACCAACCGCAACAACUCCACCUCGCUGAACCAAACUCCACCUCCUCCUUCCUACCCCUCUCCUUUCUCCAGCCCCCUAGCAUCUCCCAGCCCCGUUCCUUCCAUACGCUUCAGAGAGACGCCCAUCCUACAGCGGGCUCUUCGCUCCGCUUCCUCCUCCGCAAAGUACCAGACUCUUCCAGUAGAGGAGGUGGCUCGGAGCCGGGCAAGGAGAAGGUACUCGCUCAGUGAAGGAGGCUCAAAGACUCACCCACCCCACCAGGGAGCCGGCGGGGGAGGAGCGCCAAAGUUAGGGCGUGUCAUGAGGAAUAAAAGGAGCCAAUCAAUGAGUGGGAUGUUGCUCCCUAAGGAAGAGGACGGAGAUUCGGACAAAGGGCGUUGCGACUCGGACUGGAUCCUCGAAAGCACAGUUUGAUCAACAAGGCAGCAAUCAAAAAACUUCAUCAACCUCCGCGUGUGUGUGUGUGUGUGUGUGUGUGUGUGUGUGUGUGUGUGUGUGUGUGUGUGUGUGUGUGUGUGUGUGUGUGUGUGUGUGUGUGUGUGUGUGUGUGUGUGUGUGUGUGUGUGUGUGUGUGUGUGUGUGUGUGUGUGUGUGUGUGUGUGUGUGUGUGUGUGUGUGUGUGUGUGUGUGUGUGUGUGUGUGUGUGUGUGUGUGUGAUGAAAACCCCAUUUUUGAUGUUUCAAACUGUGUGUCUAGAAUGUACGUUUACAUCUUUCAUACCUGAACAUGAAAGGAUGAUUUCUGGGUGAAAAUGUGUCAACUUUUUUUUUUUAACUUGUUUGCCACGAUGCUUCUCCUGAGUUGUUGUGUGUUUUUUUUCAUUCGGUUUACUGUCUUUUCUUUGUUCUCCACUCUGACACGAUCCUUCUGAAAAGUGAUUACCUUGCCUUGUCUCGUAGCGUUCUCCAGUUGUCUUGUUGGUUCCACUUUACAGCACAAAAGAAAACCAAGACAAUGGGCUUGCCACGUCACACUCACCUUAUCAGAAAACACCACAAAUACGGGGAAAGAAGAGGGUUAAAAACAAUAAAAACAGAAGAAAAGCACAUUGUUUUUGAUGUUCACACGCUUGGCGGACAGUGUGGAUCCAUAGUGUGGCAAGAGAACAGCAGUCCGUGCCUUCUUUUGCUCUAGCAGACCCUCACUAACACAAACCAGAUUUCACUCAGCUCCACCAACCAGAACAGAGGAGGAGGAAACAGAUUUCACACAUAGCCUUUCUUACCUACAGAGGAGUUCAGACUCUUCUUGACAUUUAAAGAGAAGAAGAAACGAAGACUUUAAUGGACCUCUUAUGAAAUUGUUAUUUUUAAAAGGAAAAAAUAAACAACCUGAUAAUCUUACAAGCUUUUCACUGACAUUGGCCUGUGUCGGCCACGAGCUCCCAGGAAGCUUCUGUACAGAAAAAAGACAACAUGUACUGUGUUGUUAUGUUGUGUAAAAUAAAAAAAAGAGGUAAAAUUUUA